AUGUCUCAUCCCAGUACACCCAUUCGAUCAGGAUGGAAUUGCGGUGUUAUCAUCAUCGGUGCAGGUAUGGCUGGCCUGGGUGCCGCAAUUGCACUCGCCGGACGUGGCGGCGUCACCUCCGUCCUAGUGUUUGAGGCUGAUGACGAGCUAAACAAGACAGGGAGAGGCCUUCAGCUCACCCCCAAUUGUAUCAGAAUCCUCGAUUCUUGGGGAGUAGCUAAUGAACUCGCCUCAUAUGCUACGGAACUGGACUCAAUCAACUUCUGCCGUUACGCCACUGGCCAAAUUAUAGGACAGACAGAUAUUCAGAAGGAGAUGCUCGAACAAUAUGGAUAUCCUUAUUGA